AUGGCGCCACCAAGACCAACUGGAGAAGGAGAAGCAAAUAUCGUCAUGUGGAAGCCUAUCAUUCGAAAAUUCGGCAUUCCAGUCUCAGUCGCGAACCCAACUGUUGGGUUGGCCUCCCCAUCCUCCUUGGCCGUGUGUCCGCUUCUGGCUAAUGCUUGGUUUCCGGAUCUAGUCGCAAUGAACCUCCGGCUCAUCAUUGAGAACUUCAUGAAAGAUGUUGUGCUCGGCUCCGCUCUCUUUGCCCUCGUCCCAUUCCACCUCUACGUCUCCUAUCUCAUAGAGCUGGCUGCGGCACGGCAGGCAAAGAAGAUUGUUGGCCAGAAGAAAAAGGAUGGUUCGACCGAGGCACCUGAGACCGAACAGCGCAUCUUCAAAAACACAUGGUGGAUCUCUGCAUUCUUCCACUGCGUGAACACCCUUCUGAGUUUGGGAAUUACGAGCUUUGUCGUGUAUUUCUACGUUCACCACCCGGGCAUUGGCACCCUUUGCGAGCUUCAAGCUCUUAUUGUGUCGUUCAAGAUUUGUUCGUAUGCCUUCACCAAUCGCGACCUCCGCGAGGCCAUGCUCAACCCUUCUGUCGAGUCCGCCCUCCCAGAAAUCUAUUCGACCUGCCCAUACCCCAACAAUAUCACCUUGGGGAACCUGAUCUACUUUUGGUUAGCACCUACGCUAGUCUAUCAGCCGGUAUACCCCAGGACGUCACACAUCCGGUGGUCGUUCGUGGCCAAACGCCUGUCUGAGUUCUUCUGCCUAGCCGUAUUCAUCUGGCUUCUAUCUGCUCAGUAUGCAGCUCCCGUUUUGCGCAAUUCGAUCGACAAGAUUGCCGUCAUGGAUAUCGCAUCUAUUCUGGAGCGCGUGAUGAAACUGUCCACCAUUUCUCUUAUCAUCUGGCUGGCGGGGUUCUUUGCGCUCUUCCAGUCACUGUUGAAUGCUUUGGCCGAGGUGAUGCGGUUUGGAGACCGUGAAUUUUACACUGAUUGGUGGAAUAGCUCCAGUCUUGGGGUGUAUUGGCGGUCAUGGAACCGACCUGUAUACCUCUUCAUGAAGAGACAUGUCUAUUCGCCGCUUGUUGGUCGUGGGUGGCAUCCUCUUGCAGCGAGCACGGUUGUCUUCGCUCUCUCUGCUGUCUUGCAUGAGGUCCUUGUGGGAAUUCCCACGCAUAACUUGAUCGGUGUGGCAUUUGCGGGCAUGAUGUUUCAACUACCGCUGAUCAUUAUCACCGCCCCAUUAGAGAAGAUCCAAGACCCUACUGGGAAGGUGAUAGGCAAUUCCAUUUUCUGGGUUAGUUUUUGUCUUGUCGGCCAGCCUUUGGGAGCUUUGCUGUACUUCUUUGCCUGGCAAGCGAAGUAUGGCAGUGUGAGCCGAAUGUGA